CAGCAGUCAGUCAGUCAGUCGCACCCUGCACCUACUUCAGUAAGGACUCACCUUUCACCAGUUCAAGGUUGUUGUUUUUUUUGUAUUUGAUUGUAUCUCAUGGAGGGCAGGAUCACCUGUGGAUUGUGGACGGUCGUCUUUCUCCUGGGAUGCGGACGACUCUCGGCUUUCAACCUGGACACCGACAAUGUCCUGCGAAGGAGCGGAGAUCCAGGCAGCCUGUUCGGCUUCUCUCUCGCCAUGCACCGGCAGCUGGUUCCGGCGGAUAAGAGACUGCUGCUGGUCGGUGCCCCGAAAGCAAAAGCCUUGAGUCGUCAAAAAGCUAAAGUGACAGGAGGACUGUACAGCUGUGACAUGAGCUCCACCUCAGCUGGUUGCACCAGAGUUAACUUUGAUAAUAAUGAGGACACUUCCAGAGAAAGCAAGGAGAACCAGUGGAUGGGAGUGUCAGUCAACAGUCAGGGGCCAGGAGGCAUGGUUGUGACCUGUGCCCAUCGCUACCAGCGCCGGACCAGUGUGAACACAGCCAUCGAAUCCCGUGACAUUAUCGGCCGCUGCUACGUCCUCAAUCCAGAUUUAUCUAUCGAUCCUGGAUUAAGUGAUAACUGGCAUUUCUGUGAAAGCCGGUCCAGAGGUCACGAGAUGUUUGGCUCAUGUCAGCAGGGCCUCUCUGCCACAUUCGACAAGGAAUACCAUUAUGUCAUCUUUGGGGCUCCUGGAGCGUACAACUGGAAAGGCGUAGUUCGCAUGGAACAAAGGAAUGACACCUUGUUAGAAUUAGGCGUCUAUGACGACGGUCCUUUUGAGGUGGGAGAUGAGAACGAUAAGAACCCUGAGCUCGUCCCUGCUCCUGCCAACAGCUACCUGGGCUUCUCUCUGGACUCGGGGAAGAGUCUGACCAAGAAGGGCCAGCUGACGGUGGUGGCGGGAGCUCCCAGAGCGAACCACAGUGGAGCAGUGGUGCUGCUGAAGAAAGGCGAGAACUCAAGAAACAUCUUGGUAGAUGAGUACACCCUGGAAGGUGAAGGGCUGGCCUCAUCUUUUGGCUACGAUCUGACCGUGCUGGAUCUCAAUGGGGACGGUUGGCAGGACAUAGUGGUGGGAGCACCUCAGUACUUUGAGAAGGACAAAGAAAUUGGAGGAGCUGUCUACGUCUACGUCAACAAAGCUGGAAAUUGGAACCAAGUAACACCUACCAGAAUAGAUGGAUCUGAGAACUCAAUGUUUGGCCUGGCUGUGGAAAACCUGGGAGACAUCAACCAGGAUGGCUACCACGAUUUUGCAGUGGGAGCUCCUUAUGAGGAUGAUAGUGCAGGGAAUGUGUAUAUCUACCACGGAUCAGACAAGGAGCUCAGAUAUAAUAAAGCUGCACAGGUUCUGUCCGGCAAGCCUUUAGGAGUCAGGCUGUUUGGCUACUCUUUGGCUGGCAACAUGGACCUGGAUAAGAACUUCUACCCUGACCUCGCAGUCGGAUCCCUGUCUGACUCUGUGUUUGUCUUUAAAGCUCGUCCAGUUAUUAAAAUCAACAAGGAGAUCACAUUCUCACCUUCAGAAAUCGACCUAACCAAGAAGAACUGUGGCAACAGCUUCUGCUUGGAAGUUGAGGCAUGCUUCAGCUACACUGCCAACCCCAAGAGCUACUCUCCCAGACUGACGGUGGCAUACUCCCUCCAGGCCGACGCUGACCAAAGGAAGAACGGUCUUAACUCCAGGGCGACCUUCCUAGAAACCACUGAUCCUAGCUAUGAGUCCAAAGGGGUCAUCACUAUAGACGGCAAAGGAACGAAACAGUGUGUUAAACGCCAGCUCACUAUACAGGACAACAUUCAGGACAAGCUGCGUGGGAUCCCCAUCGAAUUGUGUGUGGACAUCCAGGACGCUAAACGGAAACGCAGACAGAGCUCACCUUCCCAGCUGCUGCCCGUCCUGGAUGCUGCAGAGCCAAUGACAACUCGAUCAAUGGUGAAUUUCCUGAAGGAGGGUUGUGGCAGUGACAAUGUUUGUCAGAGCAACUUACAAGUGAAAUAUCGCUACGGCCACAGGUCAACUGACGACAAGUUCACUGCAUUAGAAAUAAAGGAAAAGGUGCCGGUGAUCUCGCUCAGCGACCAGAAGGACAUCACCUUGGAGGUGAAAGUAGACAAUCUAAAUGGAGAUGACGCGUACGAAGCCGCUGUGGUCGUCUCCCUCCCCCCCUCCCUUACCUACUCCACUUACCGCAUUCCACCUAAUGAGCGGCAGGUAACCUGUACAGCCAAUAAAGACGGUUCUCAGGCCAACUGUGAGCUUGGAAACCCCUUCAAGCGUGACUCAGAGACAACGUUCUACAUUAUUCUGAGUACAUCACGCAUCUCUCUCAACACUACUGAACUGGAGAUUGAUCUUCAACUAAAAACGACAAGCAACCAGCAAGAAACCCCAGUCAAAGCAAAGGCAAAAGUGGCCAUCCAGUUGCAGCUCUCUGUUUCAGGACAAGCCCAGCCAUCUCAGGUCUACUUUGCUGGAGAGACCAAAGAUGAGGAGGCCAUAGAGGAAAGUGAAAUUGGCACUGCCAUCACGCACCAGUUCAGAAUUAUCAAUCUCGGAAAGCGCUUGACAAACUUUGGCACCGCCACCCUCGAGAUUGAAUGGCCGAAGGAGACUGACAAGGGGAAGGGGCUGCUCUACCUGAUGAAGAUCAGCUCCACUGGAGUGGAGAACAUAGAAUGCACUCCCAAAGACCAGAUCAACCCUCAUAACAAGAAACCAAGUAACACGAGGAGAAGAAGAGCAGCAGAAAACACCCAGGGAGGUGUCCAGGGCACUAUUUCACGUUUAAUUGAGAGGGAGAAAUCUAAAACUCUGUCCUGUGAUAAUGGGGCAAACUGUGUGAGCAUAAGGUGCCCCCUGCGGGGCCUGGACAGUAAUGCAGUCAUCACUCUCCACUCCCGCCUCUGGAACUCCACCUUCAUAAAGGAUUUUCCCAAUCUCCAUCAUGUGGAGGUGACAGUGACGGCCACUCUGCAUGUUGAUAGCACAAUAACGAAGACAGUGCUGCAAAACGGUAAAACACAGGUGAGACUAACAGUGUUCCCAGAGAGGCGUGAAGCCCAUUAUGGAGGAGUGCCAUGGUGGAUCAUCGUGCUGUCCAUCUUGCUCGGCCUGCUUUUGUUGGGCCUGUUGGCUUUCCUUCUCUGGAAGUGUGGCUUUUUUAAGCGUGCCAAAUAUGAAGACAAGGUUCCCAGUUACAAUGCUAUUCGGAUCAAACGGGACGAGAGAGCAGUAAACCCUGGAAAUGGUAACUGGGAAAACAUGGAAAAGAAGCCCUGGAUGACAACCUGGCAUGACAAGGAACAUUAUUCUUAACAGCCAAUGAGAUCAGACCCCACAAAGAUUCCUGUUGCUUACUGAAACUCCCUAAUGUACUGUAAAUAGAGAAACAUCAGAAAAUGAAAAACAGAAAGAAAAAAACUUUUGUAGGACUAAAUACUUGAACAUUCUGCUUCAGAGGCUGAAUUGAUCUUGGAUAAAGUAUGUAUGAAUCACUGGAAGGAGUGUGUGGGAGAUGUCCUGAGUUUUGUACAUUUACUAUGUUGACAGAGGAGAGAGGGGAGGUUUUUUGUACAUUUGAAUGUUUUGCAGAACUGUUUGUAUUUAUUCUUUGCGAGGAGUACUUUGUUACAUGCCUUACAGGCCAAAGAGUCAUACAAUGCAUACACAGAUGACCUUUUAUAAAAACUACAAUGUUUAUUUCCCCAAUUUAAGAGUGCAUUUCAAAAAAAAAAAUAAAGAAAAAAGACACUACAUUUUCUUAACAGUUCAGCAUUUUUUUGUGCUCAAGGUACCUCAGGUUUUACAUUAUGGAGGAACAACAACUCAUCCACAUUUGUCGAGCACUGGGUUUGUAAAUAUGCUACCAAGCCUCUCCAGAAUUCUCCUUUUAUUCACUGGCAGUAAAAUAGUUAGAACAAAGUUUCUUGAAUAAUAAAAAAAAAAAAA